CAAUGGGUGUCCCAGCUGGUGAUGUUGAGAAGGGCAAGAAGCUGUUCGUUCAGCGAUGCGCUCAGUGCCACACCGUGGAGGCUGGCGGUAAGCACAAGGUAGGCCCGAACCUGCACGGACUGUUCGGUCGCAAGACCGGCCAGGCUGCCGGGUUCAGCUACACCGAUGCCAACAAGGCCAAGGGAAUCACCUGGAACGAGGACACGCUGUUCGAGUAUCUGGAAAACCCGAAGAAGUACAUCCCCGGCACGAAGAUGGUGUUCGCUGGUCUGAAGAAGCCACAGGAGCGUGGCGAUCUGAUCGCCUACCUGAAGUCUGCUACCAAGUAA